UCCAUUCACUUCCAGUUUAUGUUCACUUCCCGUGUUACUUCAUUUAGCUGCCAUGGCUGCCCCCAUUGCUCUCGUACAAGGGGCCAGCAGAGGACUAGGGCUUGAAUUCUGUAAAUACAUACUGAAAAACAAAACCCCCGCUGCCGUUAUAGCGACAUGCCGAAACCCGGACGGAGCGGCCGAGUUGCGGGGCCUUGCCGGUCAACACCCGGGCAGAGUGACGGUCCUCAGGCUGGACGUGAACCAGGAGGAGGACAUCCGCGGAGCUGCGGAGCGGGUUAAGGAGAGCUUCGGUCGGCUAGAUUUGAUUGUCAACGCGUCGGCGAUGCUUCAUCCCUCAGGGAAAGGAGAAACCAGCCUGAGAGAUGUCUCUGCUCAGGGCAUCAUUUCCACCUUGACAACCAACACAGUGGGUCCACUGGUUAUGGCAAAGUAUUUUGCCCCGCUCCUUCAGAAGGGUGGAGGUGGUUUCGGUCAACAGCCCGCAGAGAAAGCCAAGCAGCAUAGUGGCAUCAUCGUCAAUAUCACUGCCAAAGUGGGAUCUAUUGGUGACAAUGGUCUUGGGGGUUGGUACAGCUACAGGAUGUCUAAAGCAGCACUCAACAUGGCCACCAGGAAUCUGUCUAUAGAGCUUGGUCGUAGUCGACCCAAGGUGGUGUGUGUGUCCUUACAUCCAGGAACAGUAAACACAGAUCUCUCCCGGCCAUAUCACAAGAAUGUACCAAAAGACAAGUUGUUCAGUACAGAACACUCUGUGAACUGCCUGAUGAGCAUUGUAGACAUGCUGAAUAUCGAAAAGUCUGGCAAGGCGUACAACUGGGAUGGGACUGAGCUUCCUUGGUAGAAUCAACAUGAUCAACCAAGUAGAAUCGGUGGACAAAAAGGGAAUUUAUUCAGCUCUAAUCUUGAUGCUAAGUCUCUCAGCACCGUCUGAACUGUGCAAUAAGCUGGACCAGACUUGAAUAUAGUGCUAUACACAAGGGUCCUGGUGGAGUCACAGUCUGACCCAUCAGAGACAAAGCCUGUCCACUACCUCACAACUAGUCAAAGUGCUUCAAUCACCUGAAACACUUAUGCUGUUUAUAAUGCCAUCACACUAAGGCCUUAUGUGGCUGUAAGACUUGACACACUUUUAACUACACUAAUGAUCUAAUGUAGUAUGAGGGUAGAAAUGAUGUAUUAUCAAAGUGAUCUUGAGGGGUUUUUUUUUUUUUUUUUUGCUUAUUCACUGUCUUGUCAAGAGUUAGAUGAUACUAUUGAUGACAGUCUCCCACAGUGUGUGUUUAUUCAGUGUGGCACUGGAACUAGGAAGUUUGCUUAUCUUAUCAUAAAGACUGGAAAAAGCUAAUCUGGCUCUGUCCAAAGGUAAAGAAAAUCCAUUUACUAACACCAGAUUAACAUUUCAUAUCUUGUUAUAUUAAUCUCUAGAAAAAACCUACUGUAAAAAAUAUAAUAUUUGCCAAUAUGAGGAACUAUUCCUUUAAGUGUGAUGAGCAUGAACAAUUUCAACUAUUUCUUGUUGUUUUUCAUAUUGUUGAAUAAAAUCGGUUUUUGUCA